GUGACUCGCCAUGAGAUUUUUGGCCCAAAUGCGGCAAAACGCAAUAAUGAAAAAAACGUCACAAUCAACGUUUACAAAAAGGCGUGAAUUUCGCGCACUUGUUAAAAUAAUUGCAGAAUGAAUUUACAUUGGGUAAUGUUUUAUAACUUUUUUGUAUGAACAAAAAUAAUAAGAAAAUCGAUCUUAUUUUGAUUUAUAUUAUUAAAAGUUUGUCGAGAAAAAAAAAAUCGAGUAUAUUUAGAGUUAUUCCCCGUAUGACUAACUCUUCUUUAUUGUCCGAGUUGUUGGUGUAAACAAUCAUGGCGUCUCUAGCAAUGAGGGAGAUUUGAAACUUAUUAGAAUGGAAAACUGCAGCCAGUUAAGCCACUCAAGUGCAGUUUCUAAUGCAAGUACAAUCCCCCCAGAAAUAGUAGAAAACGAAGAUAAAGAAUUUGUAAACGAAAUAAAUCGAGUAAAUGACCUAUAUUUUGGAAACUUGUCAAACAAGUCGGAUGUCGACCCAGAAUAUCACUCGGAUAACGCAGAGAGCUCUGACGAAAAUGAAAGCGAUGAAGAAAUAGAUCCAGAAAAUUUAGUACCCAUAGAGCAGAGUGAGGUAGAUAAGAAUGAAAUUGACCAAUUUCUAAAGUUUAAUUCUAAAACAUGCGGUUGUUCUCGACUCUACGGAAAACCAUGUAGUGAGGUCGUCGAUUUAGAAUCUUUGCUUGAAUACAGAAGCACAUGCCUGGAAAUGAACAAGGAUGAACUAGAUAUGAUGAUUAAAGUGCAAUUAUUUCACCAUCGCCGAAAUGACAAAGUGACUAGUGCAAAAAAACAUAGAUCAAAAGAAAGGGAGAGAAUUAGACAAGAAUAUUUUUUUAAUGGACAUCAAGUGUGUAGAGAAACAUUUGCGUUUUGCCAUGGGGUUUAUAGGAAGACGGUUGACGCACUUGCUCGUUCCCUUGAUAAGGAUGGACUUGUUCCUCGAAUCCAUGGAAACAUUGGUAAACAUCCAAAGCAUGCCCUCACUGUAAAUGAUAUUCAAUCUGUAAAAGAUUUUCUAACAUCUUAUGGAAACAAGUUUGGUUUACCAUUACCAGGAAGACUGCCGAACUACAGAGAUUGUAGAGCUAUAGUGUUGCCGUCUGAUAAGACCAAGGCUGAUAUACAUCAGGACUAUUUGUUAGCUGCGGAGAGUCUACAUUUGAGAAAGAUAUGUUUGUCAGAGUUUAAAAGAGUUUGGCUGAAUACAUGUCCACAUGUUCUAAUUAGUAAACCUUCAACAGACCUCUGUUAUAAAUGCCAAUCUUAUGUAAAUACCCUGAUUCACGGUGGCAAUAUGACAGAAGAGGAAAAGGAGCAACAUCUUGAGAAAUACACAGUUCAUGUUGAAAAAUCAAAGAUGCAGAGGGAUUAUUACAGAAGGCAAUGUGAAGAUUCUAAAACAAGCUUUUCAGCUCUUCCAAAUGAGAGAAAAACCAGAGGUCAGCCCAUCUGUUCUUUGGAGGGAACUCAACAUUACAGUUUUGAUUAUGCCCAGCAAAUACAUUAUCCACAUUAUGCGCAACAGGUUGGUCCUUUGUUCUUCAAAACCCCACAGAAAUGCCAGUGUUUUGGAAUCUGUUCAGAGGGUUCAGGAUCACAGAUAUUUUACUUGAUUGAUGAGUCACAGCAUUCUGGAAAGGGAGCAAACUCUGUUGCCAGUAUGAUUCACCACCAUUUUCAACAUAAAGGUUAUGGAGAAAAGAAUUUACAACUCCAUAUGGACAACUGCACUGGUCAAAAUAAAAACAACACUGUUAUCGGAUAUGGGAUGUGGCGAGUUAUGACUGGCAGACAUAUGACCAUUGAGUUUUCCCUGAUGGAGGCAGGCCACACAAAGUUUCAUCCCGACUGGCACUUUGGGCUCUGGAAGGUGAAAUGGCGAGGAACAACUGCAGAGAAUCUCGAUGAAGUGGCCAAAUUUGUUGCUCAUUCAUCUAGGAAUAAUCAUAAUAUUCCACAGCUUGUAGAGGAUCCUCAGUAUCCAAUCAUUUUCUAUGACUGGAGCACGUUUCUCAAGCAGUACUUCAAGCCAAUACCUCAACUCAAGCAGUAUCGUCAUAUUCGCAUGACACAUGAACAUCCUGGAGAAGUCCAUCUACGAAAGUAUGCCACAGAUGAAGAAAUAACUGUCAACAUUCUGAAACACAAAGAUUUCAGGUUUCCAAACAUGGAUGCUUCUCUUCCAAAUGUCAUUGAACCAUGUGGCCUUGACCCACAGCGACAAUGGUAUUUAUACGACGAGGUAGCACCUUACUGUGCCAGUCAUGAGGCAUGUCCCCGUUCAUGUGUUCCGAAACCAUCAGCCAUAAAAGUUGAACAGAAAGUGAAAUUAGGAAAGAGGAAAUGUGCAAAUUGACAUUGUAAAAAAUCAAUGUAAUUUACAGGCUGUCAUGGAUGUUAAUAGUUUGAUUUUAUUCAGUUACUGUAAAUCACUUUUUAUUUGCGAGAACUUAAUUUCUGUGUAAAUAUGCGAGACGGUAUGCUCGCCAAAAUUUCAUUCUUGUGUAUACAAAGAAUAGAAUUCCUUAAGAUUAUAUAUAGCAACGAACACAAUUUGUGAAAAUUUUGUGUCGCUGAUAACGAGUCAAUGACUAUCUCGCGAAAAUAAGAUGUCGCAAAAAUUAAGUGAUCUGCAGUAUUAAAACUCUUAUAUUCUGUUGUAUUGAUUUGAUCAAGCAAUAUGUGUUUCAAAAUGAAAUAACAUCUAUUUUAAAUUGUGUUACUUCAUUGCUUUUAUGUAACUUCAAAUUCGCAAAAAUCACCAAAUUCAGAUAAAACAAGAUGUGUUAAUUUGUGAAGCACUUUGCACACAGUGGCACCUAAGUUUGAGAAAGCUAUUUUUAGCAUAUAGGUCACAGUCAAGGUCACAAGGUCAUAAACCUUGGUGACAUUUGAAAGAACUUAUUUAGUGGAGUAUGCAUACUAAAUAUGAAGUUUCUUUCUCUUAUGGUUAAAAAUUUAUUGCGAAGGUUCAAAAAAGGCUAUUUUUAGCAUAUAGGUCACAGUCAAGGUCACAAGGUCAUUGGUUUUGGUGUCAUUUGAAAGAGCUUAGUAACUGGAAUAUGCAUACCAAAUUUGAAGUUUCUAUCUCUCAUGGUUCAAAAGUUAUGGCAAAGGAUAUUG